CGUGCCGCCUGCCUUGCGAAGCCCCCGCCCUCUCGGCACCAGUGGAUCCCACAAAACCCUCAUAGAAACCCUAAACCCUAACCUCCGUCGAAUAGCAUUUGAAUCCUGAUCUCUGGCGGUUCAUGAAGAACCGGGUACGCAAGAAGCCUCCGUUCUCCAGGGGCGGCAAGAAGAAGCCCCGGUCCUUCGGAGACGAAGACGACCCGUUCUUCGAGUCCAAUGCCAAGCGGCGGUGCAAGGGCCGUGCCGACGACGACGAUGACGACCUGGAGAGUCUGGAGAGCGAUGACGAGCUGGCCGACGGUGGGGGAGAGGAGGAGGGGCCGGCCGAGCCCGAGGAGACUGCGGAUGAGAAGAGGGUCAGAGUGGCAAGGGAGCAUUUGGAGAGGAUUCGCGCUGUAGCAAGGAAGGUAGAAGAGGAGGAGAGGGAGGAGGACGAAGAGUUGGGGCGGGAGGAGGGGGAGGGUAGAAGAGAUUCUAUGGUGGCGGAAAUUCUCCAAAAGGAUCAGCUUGAGGAGAGUGGGCGGGUCACGAGAUUUCUUGCUUCAAGGGUUCUAUGUCCAGAACCUCUCGAUGAGUUCGGACUUCUAGUGAAGCACCGACAGUCUGUUACUGCUGUAGCCUUGGCUGAGGAUGACUCAAGAGGGUUUUCAGCUUCCAAAGAUGGAGCCAUUCUGCACUGGGAUGUUGAAAACGGGAAAAAAGAGAAGUACUUGUGGCCCAGUGAGGAUGUACUGGUAUCACAUUAUGCAAAAGCUCCUCAGAAUCCUUCUAGAAAGAGAAGUAAACAUGUAUUGGCUUUGGCUGUCAGCUCUGAUGGUCGUUAUUUGGCAAGUGGUGGAUUGGAUCGCCAUGUCCAUUUAUGGGAUACUCGCACAAGGGAACAUAUCCAGGCAUUUCAUGGUCAUAAAGGACCUGUUUCCUGCCUUACUUUUAGGCAGGGAACUUCCCAGCUUUUCUCUGGUUCCUUUGACCGAACGAUUAAGCUGUGGAAUGCAGAAGACAGGACUCACAUGGACAAUUUGUUUGGUCAUCAAAGUGAAAUUCUGACAAUUGAUUGUCUCAGAAAAGAAAGACUUUUGACUGUAGGGCGUGACCGGACUAUGCGAUUAUGGAAAGUUCCUGAGGAAUCACAAUUGAUCUUCCGGGCUCCUGCAUCAUCUUUGGAAUGCUGCUGCUUUCUUAAUGACAGUGAAUUCCUAUCUGGCUCGGAUGAUGGAAGUAUUGAACUUUGGAGCAUGUUGCGGAAAAAGCCUACGAACAUAAUAAAAAAUGCUCAUGCUCCAUCACUAUCUCCCAAUGAUCAUUUGUAUGAGGAAGUAAAGGAAAAUAUGCCUAAUGGUCGUAAUACAGAAAAUGGCAGUUGCAAAGCUGAAACCUAUUCUUCAGCCCAUUCAUGGGUUAGUUCUGUUGCAGUGUGUAGACGUACUGAUCUUGCUGCAACUGGAGCUGCUAAUGGUGUGGUCCGCUUGUGGGCUAUUGAAAAUGAUAGUAAAGGCAUUCGGCCAUUAUUUACUUAUCCCGUGGUUGGAUUUAUAAAUUCACUUGCAUUUGCAAAAUCUGGACGCUUCCUUCUUGCUGGAGUUGGUCAGGAACCCCGUCUGGGAAGAUGGGAACAUGUUCCAGCAGCACGGAAUGGAGUUGCGAUGCAUUCUAUCAGGUUAAAGGAAGAGAAUCCAUCAGUCUAUUAGGGAGUCUCGUAAGUCCACAUCUUGACGACAUAUUGAAGAAUUUCUCAUUUUUGCAAGUAGGAAGAGUUCCUCACAAGCUAGCAAAUCAUGGUGGUCAAACCCUAAGCAUUAUACUGGGGACUUAUCUUUGGAGAUUAUCUAUGUGCCUUUUUGUAGAUUUUUUCCUCCACUUUUCAGGUCAGGCAUCAGAUGAGGCUACAACCAGCUUGUCUGCAUAUUUUAUUAUAGAAGCGUCAUGUUGUAUGGCUUAUUCUUUUUCCAAGGAAGAAAUAUUUAUUUUCUAGUUGAAGUCUCCUUGUAUUCCAGGAAUACAUAAUCUGAUUUAGUAAAUUUUGCUUAUCAUUCCUAAAAGUGAGA